CCAUGCUGAUUGGUACCCAAUCGGCUUCUUUAUCCCCUACCGAAUUGUCUAUAUAUAUGCGAAAGCUGAACAAAACGUAUGUUAAGUCCGGUCGGAGAUGCUGGAUCUUCAUGGCCUCUUGCAAGGAGGCCACGCGUGCUCACCCUAAACCCUACCCAUGAUAAGCUUCAGAGGCCAUAGAUAGCGAUUCUCACCGUUAGCAUUGCGUAUUUUAGUCCCAUGGAGUACAAAAAGCUUUGGGGGUAGUUGUGUGGAUUUUGUAUUUAACAAGGGACGUUGGUCGUCACUUCGUUAUCUCGCUUAGAUCGUGCCCAAGUAGACGGAACCAUACCUCCCAAUAAUCCUAAUUACUCUGCAUCCUUACUUAGCCAUCGAAAUCACUUGCAGUUAUGUCUGGCGUCCGAAACAUUACGGUACCAUGGGUGCCACUAGACGAGUUCGACUGGUCCUUCGCGCGGACCGGACCGCUCCCUUGGAAUCUAACCGUCUGGUCCAUCCUUGCCGUAUUCACGGCUCUUCCGAUAUGGACUACUGUCGAGCUAACGUUUUGGGUGCUUUACACCUUCGAGCGUUGGCGUGGGGUUUACUUCUGGUCGGUCCUGGGUACCACGUGGGGUGUGACGAUCCAUGCUGUCGGGUUUGUACUUAAGUUCUGCGUGCCGGAAGCGAAUUGGAUCUUGACUACCGUGCUCUCCGAAAUUGGAUGGGUCGCGGAGGUGUGUGGGUUUAGUGUUGUCUUAUGGUCACGGUUGCACCUCGUCAUCCCAUCGGAUAAACGACUGCUGCGCAUCGUGCUGGCGACGAUUAUUAUCGAUGAAUUCGUGUUCGGCGUGCCCACAAUUACCUUCCAAUUCUUAAUAUCGAAUUCUGCGACACAUGCGAAAUAUCUCCCGCAUAUGGAAAUCAUGGAACGCAUUCAGAUCAUGGCCUUCUCUGUCCAGGAGACAGCAAUCUCAGCCAUUUACGUGUGGGGCACGCUUCAACUUCUCAAACUGUCGCUUAAUGCGAAGGCAAAAACCACAUUAGCAUUCCUCAUCAUCGUGCAGGUGCUCGUGGUCCUGGCUGACGUGAUCGUCAUUGCGCUUGACUAUCUCGAGUACUAUACGCUGAAGGCUGUUCUACAUUCCUUCGUGUACGCCUUCAAGCUUCAGGUCGAGUUCGUCGUCCUCAACGAAUUCAAGCACAUAGCCAAGGGUGGCAUUACCGGCGCUGGAGCUUUUCCGUCUUUUAACCACACUGGCGUCCCCGACAUGUACAAGGGCAGUGCAAUCAGCGGCAGUGACAAUAGCAAUGCGAGUCCCAUGCGCAGUCAUCCCGGGAUGACGGUAUCAGUGUCUACCAGGGGCUCACUGCCGUCAGGGGAGACCGGAACGGAGGUGCCUAUGGUGCAAAAUCAAGGUGCUGAGGAACCCGAUGUUUUUGAGCGACAAUAUCUGGGGAGAUACGGGAGAUGAAUCUGAGUCAGCUUUGCGUCCCCGAAGACAUCCCUGUUUCUGUACGACUAACCUUGCUC